GAGACUCGAGAGACACUGAUGGAGAACGGACUCGUCAAGGGCCACGCCUACAGUGUCACGGGGGCGCGGCGCUUCAGGGUGAAUGCUCCGCGACGACCCUACGUGGAGCUCUUACGUCUGAGGAACCCCUGGGGCGACGAGACGGAGUGGAAAGGGCUGUGGAGUGACGGCUGCGAAGAGUGGAAUCUGAUCCCGAGCUCAGAGAGAGACAAACUCCAGCUGAGCAUCGCCGCGGACGGAGAAUUCUGGAUGUCGUUCAGUGACUUCGCAGAGAAUUUCGACGAGCUGUACAUCACGAGCCUGAACCCACACACCGUCAACGAGGAGGCCAAGGAGCAGCUCUUCUCCUUGGCCGACGUCGUGACCGAGGCCAUCCUCCACUCCGAGGUCAUAAGGGCAGCUGAGGUCAAGGCCGUGAAGAUGUGGGAGGUCGUGACCUUUGACGGCGCUUGGGUCCGCAACGCCACGGCAGGAGGCGGAGAUAGGAAGCAUAGAGUGUUCUGCAGUAAUCCUCAAUACAUACUCGAGCUGACAGAAGCUGACGACGGCGCAGAAGGCACUUGCGCUACCAUAGUGACCCUUAUGCAGAAGAACAGAAGGGUCAAUCAGCUACCUAUUCACCCCAUUGGAUUUUAUAUUUAUAAGCUCGAAGAAGGAGAGAGAACACCCAACCCACUCACCGUAUCUUGGCUCAGGCUGAACGUCCCCUAUUUCUACACGAAGACCUUCUCCAGGGCAAGGACUGUGACCCACCGCCUUGCCCUCGACCCCGGCAGGUACCUGGUCAUCCCCUGCACACCCGAGCCAGACCAAGAGGCGGAGUUCCUUCUGCGGGUGUUCUGUGAGAAGCUCGUCAGGAUGGAGGAGUACGACGAGGAGGCCCAGAUUCUCGAUAUUGCUUAUGAGUCAGAGGACGAGGUAGACCACAGCAUCGAGGACCACCUGCGCGCUGUGUUCCGAGAGGCAGCUGGUGAGGCCAACGAUGUGGAUGCUGUGAAGUUGCAGGCCAUGCUGGAACAGCUCUUCCCUUCUGCAGGUUUUGCGGACUCGCUCGACUUCACCCGGAGUUUCCUGGCCAUGAUGGACCUUGACUUCUCAGGGACAGUCAACUUCUAUGAGUUUGAAGCCCUUUUCUCGUCUCUCAGCCGCUGGGUGAGGGUCUACAACUCGAGGAAGGACGAGGAGAGCGGCCUGCUGUCGGGUCACUCUUGGGGCCUCGGCGACGCGCUCAGGGACCUCGGCCUCCAGAUCCCGCGCCGCAUCCGGGCCCUCGUGGUGGUGCGCUACGGCGACCAGCAGGGCCACGUCGCCCUCAGGGACUUCCUCAUGGCCGCCUGCAGGAUCUCCGUCAUGCUGGUGAGAUUCGAGGCCCACCGUGCAGAGGAGGGACAGCAUGCGAAUAUUCCUUUGACAGACUGGCUCACAAAUACCCUUUAUUGCUAAGAAUAAUUGUGGUUCUUAUGUGACAAUAUACAUAGCCUUGCGUAGUUCAAGUUAUGUACGCGUCUGGACCAAAAUUAUGUACAUUAAUGGAUCAAAAUGAUGUACAUUUAUGCAACAAAAUGAUAUACAUUUAUACACAAAAUGAUGUACAUUCAACAAAAAUGAUGUACACUUAUGCACCAAAAUUAUGUACAUUGCACCAAAAUGUACAUUUAUGCAACAAAAUGAUGUACACAUUCAACAAAAUGAUGUACACCUAUGCACCAAAAUUAUGUACAUUUAUGCACCAAAAUUGUGUACAUUUAUGCACCAAAAUUAUGUGCACUUAUGCAACAAAAUUAUGUACAUUUAUGCACCAAAAAUAUGUGCAUUUAUCCAACAAAAUGUACUCCUAUGUAAAAGUCAUGGAUCCUUGCGUAGAAAAAAAGUUUACACUUAUGUAGCAAAAGUACGUUUAUGAAACAAGAUUUCUUUUCUUUGUUAAUCAAUAUGCGAUUAAGGUUUAUUGUGUGAUCUAGUGCAAUUAAUUGUAAUUCUUAUGCACUGUUAUUGUAGAUUGCAAAUAUAAUAAAUGAUUUUUUCCAUAUCAA